AUGAAUCGAGCGAAAGAGGAGGGGAAGCGACCAGGCGUGGCAAAGUUAGAUUUUCCGGAUAGCGAAUCAGACGACCGCAUUAGCAUAGACGAGGAAAAUGUUUGGGAUUCGGAUAUAAGCAUUGCAGAUGAUGACCUUAUAUUAGGCGAUAAUGAAAAAGGAGAAGCGGAAGCAAAACAACCCGAUGGAAGCAGUUCAGCGGAUACGCUUAAGGAAGGCAUAUUCAGGGUGGAACGCAGUGAAGACAUAACGGAUGGACACAUCGUGGGUGACCCCCCUGAAGGGAGGAAACAAGGGGUGGUAUUAAAUUGUAUCGAAGAGAAACAUAACAAGGAACAGAAUCAGAAGAAGGAGACCCAUAAUACGGGUGAGCAAGUGAACGACAAAGGACCCCCCCCAAAUGUGAACCUGCAUGAUGAUGAACAAUUUAUUGGCAAUUCAGGGGAAUGCACAAUUGAGGAGGAAAAAAAUUCUCCCCUUUCUCAUGGAUCAAAAGUUAUUCAGGAGGAAUAUCCUCCAAAUCAAACCAACCAAAAAUGUGCGAAUUAUUCCGUACAAACGGAUAUGAUAAAAAUGGAUUUAUUUUCUGAUAAAAAGGGUGAAAAUAGCCUGAACAGUGCAGGUGAAAAAAAUAUAGGAGAAAAUAUCCAAAGGGGAAGGAGCAAAGAGGAUUUGUUGCCUGAUCAAACUACCUCCCUGAAUGCUCCGAUGGAGCAGAGUGGGAUAUCCCCUCAAUUGUGUGAAGAACAACCCGAUGUUAUCACACAAGACGAAGGACAAAUGCACACAGAAGUGGACACCACGACGCAGCUACAGGAGCAGUGUGAGAAUUUAAAAAAAAAAUUAGAGGAAUAUGAGAAGAGGAACGAAGAACAAACAAAUAUGCAAAAUGAACUGUUGGAAAAACUGAAGAUGUACGAAAACAAUUGCAACGAAAUGAAGAAGGAGAAAAUAGAAGGAGAAAAAAAUUAUGAACAAAUUAAAAAGUAUUGUAAUCAAAUUAGGAACAAAUGCGAUGAGUAUGAAAAGAAGUUGCAGGAAGUGCAGCGCGAAAUGGAAGAAAAUAAAAAUGUGAUUAAGCAGAAGGAAGAAGAAAUGAAAGAAAAUAUAUCCAAGACAGAAGAGGAGCUCAUUAGGAAAGAGCAGACCAUACAGGAAAUGCAAAAUACAAUUGAAAAAUAUAAAAUGGAGAUAAACGAAUGGGAAAAUAACCUCAUGCAGAAUGAUGAACAAAAACGGAAUGACCAAUUGAUGUAUAAAAAAGCUAUAGACAAUUUGGAGAAUAAAAUUACCAACCUGCAAAAGGAACUAAUUAACCAAGAGGAGGAAAAUUCUCAACUGAAAAAUAAAUACAAAGAACUUAAUGAUGAAUACACAUACUUAAAAAUGAAGGAAGAAAAAAAUGAAGAAAAUAUUUGCAACUUAAAGUCGAACUUGCAAAUAAAUGAGAAGGAAAGUUUUGUGAAAUAUGAAAUGAUCCAAGAACAGAAUAAUAAAAUUGAUCAGCUACUCAUGGAAAAUAAAAAAAACUUAAAAGAUAUAGAACUGCUGAGGAGUGAAAAGAGUAAAGUCGAAAAUGAAAAUGAACUUUUGAAGAAGGAUCUGGUGUACGUACAGGAAAAAUUAAAAAGUAUCGAAAAAUACAGCUACGACAUUUACGAAAUGAAAAAUUAUGUGGAGACAAUUAUCGAGAAGAACAGAAACUUAAUGGAACAGUUGGAGUCGGAGAAAAAUCAGAAAGAAGAACUGAAAGAGAAAAUAAAAGUUUUCCUUACCGAAAUAAAUAAUUCUGCAAUAUGUCUCAAAUCGUACAAAAUGAAAUGUUCCUUCUUUGUUGACGUUCUGAGGAAGUAUGAAGCGAAGAUGUGUUUUCUUCAGAAGAAGCUGAAGGGUUACGAGUCUUCGGAGAGUUUCCAUGCCAGGUGGAUGACGCAUCCCGCGUUGGGCGUAACCCUGGGGGAGGUGGGAAUUGACUGUGUAGGUAAUUUGUGUAACAACGGUCCAGAAAACCUGGGUGACCAUCAUAAAAAUUGCAUCAAACAAACCAUCCUCCUCAGGGAGGAACUCCAAAUGGAGAUAAGCAAAGCAGAAGAAGUAACAGAAAAAAUGCUGAAACUACAAAACAUAGUGAAAGACAAAAAUUUACUCAUUAAUGAAAAAAACUACAAACUGAACAAAUAUAAGCUCCUAAAUCAAAAUUUGAAAAAUGCCAUCGUGGGGUACCAAUGUAGCAUGCAAGUAAUGAAGGAAAACAUACAUAACUUAGAAAAACAAAUCGCAAUGAAGGAAGUGAAAAGUAUAAUGGUACCACCAAAGGUGACGGUGCACGUGUCAAAAUUGGCUUCCUUUGAAAAUAAUUUAAAAAAUGAGAUCAAGGGCUUUAUUGGAAAUUCCUCCACCUUCUUAGAAAGCACCUUUAAGUAUAUAAAUGAAAACCCCAUUAAAAAGAACCUCCAAAAUAAAGCCUUCUUUUCCUCCACAACGGAGAAGAAAAGUGACGAAGGAGAAAACAGAGGGGGUAGCACCGUUAAGGAGGCCCCUACAAGUAGUGUGUCCAGUGCGGAAGGGGCAAUACCAAAUGUGGAUAAUACCAGCAUCGGAACCGCCAGCCCAGGGGAUGGUACCCUCACCGAUGUCACUGGGUUUGCUAAAAAUUUUAUUUACACGAAUAUGAAUCGAAUCCCCAAUUUCAUCUCAGACCAGAACGGUAAAAAUAGUUCCGCCCAGGUGGACGUGGCGGCGAGAAGCGAGUCGGCCCAUCCGGGUGUAGACACCGUCGUUUGGAAGAAUGAAGGGGGAACUAUAGAGGAAAUGCAUCCGGAGGGAAACGAGGUAGAAGACAACCCCAUAGAUGAUAAGCACGUAGAUCCGAACCAGGUGAAUUACACCAAGCCGGAUAUAAACCGAGAUGGAAAAAACAAAUACAUCGAUCUGUUCAUGGGGAAAAAGAAUCUGAACAAAGUCAACAGCACAAGUGAUAUUUUUAACGUGCAACACGUUUCGCAGUUUUAUAUGAACACAGAAAAUAAAAUUAAGGACUUAUUCGACAUGAAUAAAAAGAAGGAAUCCCUGAAAAUAAAAGAAAAGGAGGAAUCUCAGAAAAGUUUCCAUUCCAGUGAAAAUGCCUUUUUCCCCAUGCACAUCUUCGGUGGUAGCAAAAUGAAACAAGGAUUUCCAACUCGUCCAGCGGAUGAAAAAAAUGACGAUGAAUUAGGUUCAGCCCCGAUAUCUGAGGAGAACUCAAAUAAGUACGAUCUUGCUGGGUGUAAAAAGAAGUCCCUAAAUAGUUUGUAUUAUGAUAACAAGCCAGAAGCGGAGGGGAAUACAAAAGAGGAGAAAAAGGAAAUGGACAGACGCCAGGAAAAGUUACUUCCCAGUUCGUCUGACGAAGACGCACAAAUAAACGACGAUGUUUGGAAUGAGAAAAUCGAUUUGGAUAACUUCGAAGUGGAAGAGUUGUAA